GUGCUGCUCGGAUCUGACUGAGUUUUCGACAACAGUAAAUCUCUACGAUACAUGUCUACCCUUACCGAUCGUAAGGCAUCAUUCAAACAACCUCCAAAGGACAAAAGCCUGUCCCAACAAGUGCGACGGAACAAGGCCCUCGAAGACCAGAAACGCAGACGAGCGAAACGUGUAGAAUCCGAACGACAUGUAGACCUCUUCGCUGGUUUAUCUCUCGGUGACUCCGACGAAGAAGACGAACACCCGCAGAUCACAGAGGACACGAUACUCAGAGAAGGUGUGGGCCACCUCGCACCACUUCUUCAAGACCAAGCUGCCGCACCCACAUCCACGGAUCAAGCUCUCCCGACCUCAUUCUCGGCGCAGGAGAAGGGCAAGAAGCGACAUGGCAAGACCAGAUCACGUCAAAAGGCUGGGAAGGGCAAGGCGCGGAAGAUCAGUCCGUGGGCGGACAAGUGCAUGUAUGCAGAACUGUUGGAGAUGCGCGAUGUAGGAAGUCACACGGGUGGUAGCAUGGUGUCGGGGAUUCUUUCAGCGGACGAAAGUGUCGAUGGCUUGCCAGAGGAUUUGGAGGAGGGUUGGGUGGCCGUAGCGCCUGUGCCGAAGGGUAAACGCUGUCUUGCAGUCGCGCAUCAGGGAAGCGGGACUGUUGGACUUGUACCGAAUACAACUCUGCGUUCUCGUGUGUUAGGACGUCCUCUCAUGCCACGGUUCCCAUCGCUGCUCCCUUCCGACACUAUCCUCGACUGCAUCCUGGACGCAAACUGGAAAGACAAUGGGAUAGUUCAUGUACUGGACGUUCUUCAAUGGAAAGGACAAGAUGUUGCGGACUGCGAGACCUCAUUCCGUUUCUGGUGGCGAGACACUCGGCUUUCUGAACUUCCACCGCCACAACCGCCUACUGCCAUCGCUCCACCCCCAGCCUCUCCCUUGGCCUCAUCCAACGCUCCAUUACCAACAUCACAAUCACAAAUCCCUGGAUAUCAAUUUCCCUAUCCUAUAAACUUUCGUCCGAUACCCUACUACUCCAGCACGACCUAUCAAACGCUUGCUACGAACAUCAUCCCAGCCGCCCGUCAAGCCGUUUCCAUUCCCAUAACUAUUCCUUCUCCAGUACAGGAGCUUAAUGACGGCAUGGACGUCGACACCAACAUGUCCACAGGGACGGUGGUCUCUCGCAACACCACUAUCGUGUCUGACGGCUUGCUGCUCUAUGUUGCUCAAGGCUUAUACGAAAGCGGGACGAGUCCUCUCAGCUGCUGGGUACCGAUCGAGGGUUACGAAGACGAGAACGGGAACGCUCAGCGACAUUGGGUCGGCGGAAAGACCCAUGGUCAAGCCAGUGCUGGCGAGGGUGCGAUGCAGGUUGAGAAUUUCGGCACGGAAAGUCUACGAGAACGACCGCUGGAUUUAUUUGAGAAAUUAGUUCAACGACGAGCGAUGCGGGGGGGUACGGUGGAGGGAAUGACGUUAUGAUAGGAUUCAUGAUUGGGCAAAUCUGAUACGGCGAAUGGUCUGUGGUUACCCAACUUGUUCGCUAGAUGUUGUAUACAUGAAUGUACGUUGUGAGAAACCGU